AUGGCCUUUAUUCUAACUGAGGUUUCACGCCUCCUCUACCUCCUCCUCCUCCUCCUCCUCCUCCUCCACUGCCUUCUCCAGCUGCCCUCACGAAGGGCGGUAAUUCUUGCGCUGGAGCGCCACGAUCCAGACAAAGAGAAUUGUCGAGGCAGCGCGCCCAACAUCAAACAGAGCUGCGACACAUAG